UUGGUCAUAUGACAGAGUGAACCUAGUCACUUCUUUUGUUGCAUUAGCAGCAAUAUUUCAAAUAGACUGGUGUGGAAACUGCUCCCAUAGUCUUUGGGCUGUUGCUGUAGUUUGCAACUGUAACUUCUGUGAACGCAUAUACAUUGCAUGCAGAAAAUCGAAAAAAAACGGUUUCAUCAACGGGCGGCGCUGUAACACUAAACAAGCGGCCAUUGUGUGUUUGAUGGCUCGUCUCUGCUCAGUCUCAGAGCAGCAGCAGCAGCAGCGGAUGGUUCAGAUUCGGCUCCGGUUUCCAGCCUCGGACCGAGAUUUGUUACCGCAUACUGUGUUUAUGUGAAACAAAAGGUGACAUCUUUUUGCAUGGAAUGACAACUUCACACAGAUAUAUUGAAUCCAAACCAGCGGCUCGGUUUGCUGACAUGGAGUGGCAGACACCAGCUGUGUCAGAAAAGUUCCAAAGCCGAUUUGGCCGCCGGCCUGGAACAUCGGACAGCGGGGACACUGGUCUUGGCACCUCAGCAUCUGACAGCACAGAAGAUUUCUGCAGUUCCAGCAGCAGCCCUCCUUUCCAGCCCAUUCGCAGUCAGAUACCCAUACCCACUGCACAUGUCAUGCCAUCCACGGCCGGAGCCCCGGCCUCGAAGCCCCAGUCAUAUGUCCAGGAGGACUCCCUGUCCUCCGAGGGUCACAGGUCUUCCUCUGGCUCCAGAACCCCAAGUGGCUCCACAUCGAAGUCUUCCUCCCUCUCCAAAUCAGCGUCUUCGCCCAAUCUCGAUGCUCAGCCCGGCGUGGGUGGCGAUCACGUGGGGCCGAAGCCAGACUGCCUGAGCCGCUACCGCAGCCUGGUCAAUGGGCUGGACCACUCGCUUUUCCCCUCAGACCACACGCGGAUGGAUGAGGGCCAGAGGUUUGACACUCCUGCUGUGGAGCCUACGCUAAAUCAGUCAGCCCUGUUGGGGGGGUUAUGCCCUGAUGUCAGACUCCGAUUACAGGCGACCGGGAUUAGAGACACCCCAGACUGUGUGUCUGAGGCCUACAGAGGAGGCAUGGAGCACAGCUAUAAAGUUUUGCCUGAAGCAAGGCCCGGGGUUCCCGGCGCAGCAGAAACCUCUAAUCAGAGGGGCAGUCAGCCCGGUGUGGCCGGAUCCGCUGGAGUUUAUGCGAACCCUCUCAGCCUGCAGACACAGGCUCUUCUGAGGGAGCAUGCAGGUUCCAAGGUUUAUGAGCCAUUGCGGCAGGACAGAUGUGGUGAACUGUCCAGCUGGCAGCAACAACAGCAACAUAAGCAGCAACUGGAGAGUUUGCGUCUGCAAGUAGAACAAAUGCAGCUUAUGAGUGCAGGAGUGGGUCAGUAUCCAUCUAUGUACUCGACGCCCGUCCAUUCAGAGUCUGGCAAGUGGGACGCGCUGGUCAAAGCCAGCGAGAGUCUGCUGAAGGAGAAGGAACUUAUCAUUGAGAGACAAAAGCAGCACAUGACCCAGUUGGAGCAGCGUUUGAGAGAAAGCGAGCUGCAAGUCCAUGGAGCCCUUCUGGGUCGAGGAGCUUCCUAUGGCGACAUGUGUAUGCUGAGGCUACAGGAGGCUCAGAGGGAGAAUGCGUUCCUGAGGGCACAGUUUAGUGAGCGCACUGACUGCGUUGCCUUGGAGAAAGCGGAGGCAGAGCGCAGACUGGGGGCAGUUGAGUUAGAGACGCGCCGACUAACUGACAGCCUGAAGGAGACCUGCGAGAGACACUCGGAGGAGAUGAAGAAACAGGAAGAGAGGAUCCGCAGUCGGGACAAGCACAUCAACAACCUGAAGAAGAAGUGUCAGAAGGAGGCAGAGUUGAAGAGAGAGAACCAGCAGCGCAUUGAGACUCUGGAGCGCUAUCUAGCUGACCUGCCCACCUUGGAGGACUACCAGAGCCAGAACAAGCAGCUUGUGGAAGCUGAACAACAGGCGGCUCAGCUACAAGACAAAGUACGAGAACUGGAGGUCUGUCUGGAGACGACACGCUCACAACUACGGGAAAAAGACACGCAGCUGGAAGAGCAAAGUCGCAGGGAGAGAGACCUUCUCACCACCAUUACUGAUAUGCAGCAGCGGGUGCAGCAGGGCCUCGAGGAUGGAGCCAGGCUGCCGUCCCUGGAUGUGGAGAAGCUCAGAGGAGAGAACAACGCUUUACGAGAGGAGCAGCAGAGACUCAAAAAGGUCAUUGAGAAGCAGCACAGAAUGAUGGAACAGCUUGGCUCCCAGAUUCAGGCUUUGGAGGAGCAGAUAUCUCAGGAAGAGAGCAGCUCUCAGGCUCUCAGAGAAGAUGUGUUGGCCAAAGAGCAGAAUGUGUUAGAGCUCCACACAGCCAUGAAGGAGCUGUCGGCCCAGAACCAGGAACUGAUGGAGCAGAAUCUGACCCUGAAGGAGCAAAUGAGUGAUCCGGAUCAGAGAAGCACCAACCAGGCCUCCUCCGCCCUGCAGCCAGCUGGGGCUCGUCUCACUCAGAGGCUUCAUCUAGAGAUCGCCUCCUGCCUCAGCGACCUGCGCUCCCUGUGCAGCAUUCUGACCCAGAGAGCUCAGGGACAAGACCCCAACCUCUCCCUGCUGCUGGGGCUCACAUCGCCCCAACCAGUGGCACAGCAGGACGAGGACUGGAUGAGUCCAGAGGUGCUGCAGAAGAAGCUGGUUGAAGCUCAACAGCUCCGCCGGGACGUCGAGGAGCUACGCAAUGUUAUACUGGACCGGUACGCACAGGACAUGGGAGAAAACUGCAUCACCCAGUAACCUUCACAACCUGACGAUGGAGGAAACUUGCGAAAGCCCCAUUUCACCUCUGAAGCAUCUAAAUCGAGCUUCAGGACUAGUUACUGAAUGUCAGAAAGAGGACUGGAUUUUAAUUUUCUUAAAAUGAGGACAGAGGAAAGCCCAAAUGGUUUAGCUUCUGCUUCUCUGGACUGACUGUAAGUCGAUUCUCAAGCCUGCCUGUAGCUCAAAACCCUCCCUUCCCCCCCGGUGAGUUCAUCUAUUUCAGUCCAAGGGCUAACGGAAAAAAACUUACCUCUAAUACUUGAUCCUUAAGCAUUGUGCGUGUGUUUUUGUUUUUUUUAUUAAUGAUGACAUGAAAACUGUCAAUUUACCAAACAGUCUUAUACUUUUUGUUCCACUUUAGUGGAUAACUAUUUGUGUAGAAGUCCCACAAAUAUAAUUUAUUUAAAUCUUAAUUUCCCUCUCGAGGGGAAUUCUCCAAGAUGUGGUUGACAAUCAACUGAAACUAUUUUAACCUUGUAACUGAAUUCACAAGCAAAUGUUACUAACAUGCCAUUAUUUAAAAUGGUGAACACUGUAACAUGAGACUCUGCUGUGAGGUAUAGGACUUGAUACUGAAGGGUUUUAAUACCAAAUCAGCUUCUCACACCAACAGGCCUACAACAAGUUUUAUUACCAAAGAAACUCUGGUGGAAGCAGUCUGUGAAUGUUUGUGAACGCUUCUCUUGGCUGCAGGCCUCGUUCUGAAUGAACACCGACAUGUGCCUUUCUGUCACGUUUGCAACCACAAUGCUAAUUCAUUUUUAGACCAACCACAAAGGGCUGUUUGCAGCUGACUCUUCCAAUAUGACCUUUCUCUCAGCGUAUCAACCAGUGGGAUAGUCAAUACAUUCCCUGACUCUGAAUGUAGAGGAUAACUUUGGGGUCGCCUCAGCUCGUGGAGGCCCCCGACACUGUUUUUUGUUUCCUGGUAGAUAAAUGAAGUGAAACGCUUCAGUCUGGGUGAUCUUUGUAGAAUCUGCUUUAUGUAGAUGAGUAACGUCAGUUUACUGUACAUUUCAGGUUGAUAAUGACUGACUCGCAUUUGACAGAGUGGUUAACUGAUAAAAUGUAUGACUGAGAAACAGUAUUAAUCUUCAGUAUUAUUUAUUGUUUGCAUUGACAACUCAGUGUGAAAGCCUCCUAAUGUGUUGCUGUAAUAAUGUGCUGAUGUGUUUGAGCAAACUUGUGUAAAGGUCCCAUGAAGUGGCUUUAAGAUUGUAAUUUUCUCCGAUGGUUUGACGUGUGUCAUGUUACAUAAUUGUUGGGGCUGAUGGGACAUGAUGAGGGUCCUUCACCUUCUUCAUGUGAAAGAGGAAGCAUGUUUUAAUCCCAUGUGAUGAUGAUGAUGGGAGGGGCUGGCUGGAUCACCCCGAAAUCACCAAUCACAUGUACUGGAGGAUGGAUUUUAUAUUUGCCCCGAGUGCAGGAUAAGCCAUUUUUUAAAUAGAAACUUGACACUUUACAGGAAGAGAAAGGGAUUUUAAUAAAAAUAUAUGCAACAAUGACUUUUUUUUGUCAAAAAAUAUACAGAACAACACACCCAGGUGCACACAAGCCAUUUUUUCAUUUCAUGGGACCUUUUUAAAAACUUGAGUAGCACAAGAUUUACCUUUGGAACAUCAGGCUCCGCAUGCCUUAACAUCUCAAAUGUUUUUGCAAAAGGGAAAAAGAUGUUUAUAUUUUCAUACUUUUGUCCUUGUUUGUAUUUGCAUAUUUUAGAAUUAAAGAUUUUCAACAUUC